AUGACGAAUUUAAAGGUGGUUCUCAACAAAUUCUACGAUGAGUACAUCAAUCACACGCCGAAGAAGCUGAAGAUCAUCGACGCGUACCUCUUCUACAUCCUCCUGACGGGCGUGGUGCAGUUUGUUUACUGCUGCCUCGUGGGCACUUUUCCCUUCAACUCAUUCCUCUCCGGCUUCAUCUCCUGCGUCAGCUGCUUCAUCCUGGCCGUGUGCCUGAGACUCCAGUCCAAUCCCCAGAACAAAUCCCAGUUCUACGGAAUCUCCACCGAAAGGGGCUUCGCGGAUUUCAUCUUCGCCCACAUCAUUCUCCACCUGGUCGUGAUGAACUUCAUUGGUUAGAAUCACUUGGCCAGGAGGCGCUGGAUAUUUUGUAAUAUGCUUGAAAAGUUCAAUAAGAAGCGACAUGCGAAAA